GCAGUCCAUAGCCAACUUAAAUACCACACAAUGCCAAACACUUCUGAUUCUUCUUCUGAUAAACUGCGGAUGUUGCUGGCUAUCUUAUGUGUCUUCUUCAUCCUCGGUUUCUUCCUGUUCCUCACCUACAAAGAUCGUGGGAGUGGUGCUGCUAACUUCAAGUACUGCAGAGAUGGCCUGAAGUACUCGUGCAGUGACGAUUAUGGUUGUAAAUUUGAGCAUGAGGGAAGAGUUACUGCUAAACCAAAAGGUGAUAUUGUGAUGAAGAAGGCUGUUGAUUGCUUAUAUCACUGUAACCGGGCGUGCUGCGAGGAGAAAGGAGAUCCCAGCUGCUUUGGUUCGUGCUGCAAUUGCCUAAAUGGCGUGUUUGAUGAAUUGGCGCCAGGGGUCUAGCCACCACCUACUUAGAUCCUUAUCUGUACUCUCAACUAGGAUAUAAUACCUCUCUGAUUCCUUCUUCCAAGACACUACUUGUUCAAUUCUUAAUUUCACGAAUCUAAUCCCAGAGUCGUCGGGUCAGAGUUUAGUACGUUUUAUUAGGGUUAAUCUUUAUGUCUGUUAUCUCAGGUUAAUUAGGAGCUCAUGUUUUUCUUGACUUGUUAAUUUAACUCAUUAUUUGUCCAAUAUCAUUAUAUUUUGGUUUUAGAAGCGCACG